GGGUAGCCUUUGUAUAAGGCGCGGUUACCAAUAAAGGAAAAUGGCGGAUUUAUAAGUCGGCUCGACAGAUGUACAAGUUUGCAAUGUUUUUGCGCUUUCUUUCCGGAAUUACUCUUUCUUUCAAUACUAUUGUUGUAAAAUCAGUUCGUAUGAGUAACAUCUAUCACCUGAAAUACAGCAAUGGGGAAUACGUCGAUUUCUUAAAUAGUAAAAUACAGAAGUGUUACCUAAAUUCAGCUGCGCGUAAAAAAUUAGAGAAGAUACACGCAAAACGAGAAGACGAAAUGGUUCGAUCCCAGGAGCUUCUCCGAAAACUCCGCAAGAAAAAAUUGGAGGGCCUGAGUCAGAAUCCUCUACCUUUGGAUGUUCAGUUUGGUAAAAAACUAAAACACAUGACCCACAUCCGUAGAAUUAUCUCAUUAUUCCAUGUCAAGAAACACAGUCAAGAAAUGAGCCUUGAAAAUAUGGUAACAAUGCUAAAAAUUAUUUCAGGUUUGUUUGUUAGCCACCCCAAACAAAGAGAGUUGUUACUAGGGAAUGAAUUCCACUGUCAGCUGCUCCAAGAAAUUAUUCAAAGAGUUGUUUCUUCGUGUGAUCAAUGUACAGCGAGCCAGUUUUGCGACUCGUUGGUUGCCUUGGCAAGGCUGGGAGACAAGAAUAUGUCAGCGUACUCAGAAUUUGAACAUGCAGUUUUGUUAAAUGGAUUAAGGCAGUUCAGUCCUGAUGAAAUUGGUCUUGUUUGCUGGGGGUUUUCCAAAGCAGGAUACAAACCUAUCGAUUUGUACUCAAAAGUAUCUGCCGAGGUGGAAGCUAGGGAAAUUGUGGUGUUUUCAACAACAAGCUUAUGCCAGAUUGAAUGGGCAUUUGUUGAGAAGGGGAUUACGGCAGACAGGCUCCUUCUGAGAAUUGGAGAGGAAGUUCUCUCAAGGGACUUUGCCAGCUUUGGGCCAGAAAACUUGGCAAUGCUUGGGUUUGGUUAUUCAUUAGUCAAUAUUGAACCAGUCUCUAGCAACAUUUUGAGGCAAAUUGAAGCAGAAGUCAACACUAAUCCAGAACUGAAAAAAUUUCCAACCUACGACUUGGUCACAAUCACUUCAGCUUUGCUAAGAGCACAUAACCUUGAUAGGAAGACGUUUAGAAAGCUUGAAUCAGUUCUAGUUACUAGAAGAGAUUUUUCUGAAACAACUCCUAAGGAACGUUUAGAUGAGUUGUACUACCUGAUAAAGGCAGGACCAUUUUUCCUGGCUGAAAUCGCUAAGAUCCUGGAAACGGUUUUAUAUCCACAUGUUUUAAAUUCUGUCUUUGAUAUUUUUUACCGGCCUAGGCGAUCAUGGAAAGAGAAAGUUUUGAAACAGUCCAUUUUUAAAGUUUACUAGAAGAUAGUUCGAGUAUUAUGUGACGAUUCAAAUAUGUACUGAUUCCAAACUGCAUUAUAAAGCAUACACUGAAGGUAUAUUUUGAUCAUGCCAUCUCAAUGCAAAGCAUUAACCAAGUAGAGGGAACAAAAUGUAACUCCUCUAAGGGAGUGGUCAUUAAUUACUGGGGAGGGAGGGGGGGCAGCAAUUUUGCAAAACCCUUUGGCCCCGCCCUCAACCCAAAUCCAAGCCCAAAAAUUUUGACCACCUAGACCGGGCACCCAAAAAAAUUGCACCCCGUCCCCCUUCCACCACCACCACCUCCACAUUUUUAUAUUCAAUAAUUAUAUCUCUUUAAAACCAAAGAGACUUGAUAUGCAUACUGAGUGUAACUGAAUAUAACCUUUACUAAAAUAUGGAUCAGCUAGCAUGGCAAUUUUGUUCUAUUUAAGUAUGAAUCUUCACUUUCGCUAGUUCAAGAGUUGCACAGAGAUAAACAACAAAUACCGGCGUUGCUAGAAAACGACUACGCCAUCGACGACAUUAACAAAGACAUUCUAGGUUUCGCAAAAUUUUAAAGUAUUCGUUUUGUUCAACUGAUUAGAAUGGGCAUCUUUGUCUGUCAACCAUGAGAGGGAUUCUCAAAAAUUAUAUGUAUAAAGACAAGAUUAGUAUCUGAACAAUAUGAAACUAGAUAUACAAUAGUAGGAAACAUUGUGAACUAAAUAAAAUUUACAUUUGAACAAUGA